CCAAAGUGAAACACACGGAAAGUUACGGACCACAAAACGUGGCAUUAGCUCCUUAGAGGGUAGUUUGAAAACAGGUUUGGUGUUUUAGGUAAAUAUUUCUGUGUUUUCAGUAAAAAUGUCUUCAGUUCAGCCUCAGAGAGAGUUUAUGAACGAGCAGGAAACUCCUGCUGAAGAAACAUUGACAGAUUUUAAAGAAAUCAACGUCAAGAUCGAGGAAGAGAUGGAGGAUCAGCGCAGAUUGCUGGAUUUUACCAGGAUACCGAAGAUCAUCUUACACCGGAUAGAUCUCYCACAGUGCUGGGUGUGUAAAGAGGAGGAGGUUCUGAAUGAAUUCAGCUACCAGGACAGGAAGUCCAGUUCABAUAAAGAAGAACCAGAACAUSAMRAGUUCAAAGAGGAAGAGAAGCCACUCUGCAUCAGUCAGGAUGAAGAGCAGCUUGUGGUGAAASAGGAGACUGAUGACAUUUUGGUGAAUCCUCCUAAUGUGCAAAGAAUCCACAAUGAAUCAGAACCACAGAGGAACCAACUCAUCUCUCAUGGUUCUGCUGAGGAUGAGAACCAGGAUCAGGAAGGAAGCAAUUCUGAGGACCCAGGAAAAAAGAGAGACAAAGAACAGAAACAAAAGGAGAAAUAUGAGAAAACCAAACAGCAGAAAGGCAGAACUGACACUGAAAAACAAAAGCACAAGAAAGCUCACCCAGGGCAAAAAUCAUAUUCUUGUAAAAUUUGUGAUAAAACCUUUUCUAAAUACAGAUACUUGAGUCACAUGAUAACUCACACAGGACAAAAGCCUUUCACAUGUUCAACCUGUGGAAAAAAUGUUAGGCAAAAGGCUGGUUUAGUUUUUCACAUGAGAAUUCACACAAGUGAGAAACCUUUCUCCUGUGGAAUCUGUGGAAAAGGUUUCUCUCAAAAAAGCAAUUUAAAUGUUCACUUGAGAAUUCAUACAGGUGAGAAGCCUUUCUCUUGUGGAAACUGUGGAAAGAAAUAUAGUGAAAAAAGGGCUUUAACUGGUCACAUGACAAUUCACACGGGCCAGAUGCCUUUCUCUUGUAGAAACUGUGGAAAGAGAUAUAGUGAUAAAAGGGCUUUAAAUCGUCACAUGACAAUUCACAUGGCCCAGAAGCUUUUCUCUUGUAGGACCUGUGGAAAAAGUUUCUCUCGAAAAGACACUUUAAAUGAUCAUAUAAAAGUUCAUACAGGUGAGAAGCCUUUUUCCUGUGGGACCUGUGGAAAGUGUUGGAGUGAAAGAAGGACUUUAAAUCGUCACAUGAGAAUUCACACAGGUGAGAAGCCUUUCUCUUGUGGGAACUGUGGAAAAAGUUUCUCUCGAAAAGAACAUUUAAAUGAUCAUUUAAAAGUUCACACAGGUGAGAAGCCUUUUUCCUGUGGGACCUGUGCAAAGAGUUACAGUGAAAGAAAGACUUUAACUCAUCACAUGAGAAUUCACACAGGUGAGAAACCUUUCUCAUGUGGGAACUGUGGAAAAAGUUUCUCUCGAAAAGAUACUUUAAAUAGUCAUAUGAAAAUCCACACAGGUGAAAAACCUUUCUCAUGUGAGAAUUGUCGAAAAGGUUUCAGGAGGAAAUCACAAUUAAUUGAUCACAUGAGGAUUCAUACGGGUGAGAAGCCUUUCUCAUGUGAGAAUUGUCGAAAAAGUUUCAGGAGGAAAUCACAAUUACUUGAUCACAUGAGGAUUCAUACGGGUGAGAAGCCUUUCUCAUGUGGGACAUGUGGAAAGAGUUAUAGAAAUAGAAGUCUACUUUUGCUACACAUGAGAACACACACAGGAGUAAAACCUUUCAUAUGUUCAACCUGUGGAAAAGGUUUUAGACAAAAGACCAGUUUAAUAAAUCACAUGAGAACUCACACAGGUGAGAAGCCUUUCUCUUGUGGGACUUGUGGAAAAAGUUUCUUUCAAAAAAGUUAUUUAAAUGUUCACAUGAGAAUUCACACGGGUGAGAGGCCUUUCUCUUGUGGGACCUGUGGAAAGAGUUACAGUGAAAGAGGGACUUUAACUCGGCACAUGCGAAUCCACACAUGUGAGAAGCCUUUCUCUUGUGGGGCCUGUGGAAAAAGUUUCUCUCAAAAAAGUUAUUUAAAUGUUCACAUGCGAAUUCACACAGGUGAGAGGCCUUUCUCUUGUGGGACCUGUGGAAAGAGUUGCAGUCAAAGAGGCACUUUAACUCGGCACAUGCAAAUUCACACAGGUGAGAAGCCUUUCUCUUGUGGGACCUGUGGGAAGAGUUACAUUUCUAGACACACUUUAACUCGUCACAUUAGACGUCACACAGGGGAGAAGCCUUUUUUUUGUGUGAUGUGUGGAAAAAGUUUUACUCGAAAAUGUUAUUUAAAUGUUCACAUGAGAAUUCACACUGGUGUGAAGCCUUUUUCUUGUGGGACCUGUGGAAAAAGUUUCUCUCAAAAAAGUUAUGUAUAUGUUCACAUGAGAAUUCACACAGGUGAGAAAACUUUUUCUUGUGAGACCUGUGGAAAGAGUUACAGUGAAAGAAGGACUUUGACUAAGCACAUGCGAGUUCACACAGGGGAGAAGCCUUUUUCUUGUGGGACCUGUGGAAAGAGUUACAGUGAAAGAAGGACUUUGUCUAAGCACAUGCAAAUUCACACAGGGGAGAAGCCUUUUUCUUGUGGGACAUGUGGAAAAAGUUUCUCUCAAAAAAGUCAUUUAAAUGUUCACAUGACAAUUCACACAGGUGAGAAGCCUUACUCUUGUGGGACCUGUGGAAAGAGUUACAGUGUAAAAAGGACUUUAACUCUGCACAUGCGAAUUCACACAGGUGAGAAGCCUUUCUCUUGUGGGACCUGUGGGAAGAGUUACAUUUCUAGACAGGCUUUAGCUUAUCACAUAAGACAUCACACAAGUGAUAAGCCUUUCUCUUGUGGAACCUGUGGAAAGAGUUACCAUGAAAGAGGGACUUUAACUAAGCACAUGAGGAUUCACGCAGGUAAAAAGCCUUUUUCCUGUGGGGCCUGUGGAAAGUGUUUCUUUCACAAAGACACUCUAGAUCGUCACUUGAACGUUCAUACAGACAAGAAGCCUUUUUCUUGUGGUACUUGUGGAAAGAGUUGCAACACUAGAAGUAGUUUAAUUCAUCAUAUGAGGACUCACUCAGACAAAGAACUUUAGGAACAAAACACCUCAGAUCCAUUUGGCAUCAGAUCUGAUGCAAAAUCUGGCCGGAUAUUGUAAACAGCAAGUAGAAAAUGUUAAAGUUAACAGAUUGUUUGAGGUUGCUAGUGAUUUACUGUGACUGUGUCUUCCAGUGUCUGACGAAGAUAAUGGUCAGACACUGUAUGUGAGGCCUACUGAGGUCUACUUUUGCCUACCAGCUUUGUUCUUCUUAAUCCAGUUUUUUGUUUUACUUCUCAGUCUUAUUUGUGCUUCAGAUCCCCAUCAGUAUCCUGUUAAAUACUGAAUUUAAAGAGGGCCAUACAUUCAGCAGGAUUCAUUUCUGUGCAUUUCAGUUUUCAUGGAGUUCUGUACCAUGUAGAAUAAUUGAGUUUAUUUUUUUACAUUUUUGACGUUUUCGUGUAUGACUGGAUGUUAAAUACUUUACAUAUUAAAGCAGGGAAAUGUUCUUGUUUUUCCACAAAUGGAACUGUUUGAAAAAAAUCUCAAAAAUAAAAUUGAUCUGGUCAGAUUUUGAUUUAGAGCUAA